GUGUUCCACCAGGCCCCACGGAGCUGGCCAGCCUCAGCAUUCGCCCAUGGAGGCCCGGAGUGGGCCAGGCGUGGGGCUGCUCUGGAGGCUGCAGUGGGCCAGGCCUGUGCACCCCAUGAGCUAGAGCGGUUCAGCGGGUUCAUGGCUGACCUAGAGCGGGUGCUUGGCCUCCUUCUACUGCUUGGCAGUCGCCUGGACCGCGUGCGCGGUGCCCUGGCUCGGGCUGUUGCAGACUGUGACCCUGAUGAACAGCUCCAGGCCUCUCUCCUGCAGCGACUGGGGCUCCUGGAGCAGCAGCAGGAAGAUGCCAAGGAGCUGAAGAGGCACGUGGCACGGUGCGAGCGGGCCCUGCGGGAGGUGCUGGUGCAGGCCCUGUCAACUGCAGAGCUGCACGCCUACAGUGCCCUGCUGGUGGGCAAGGCCACGGUCCUGGCCCAGCAGCGCAGCUUGGACAAGUGGGUCCGACUCCAGGAUCAACUUGACACCGUCAGGAGCUCCCCUCACCUAGUUGCAGGCCAGGAGGAUGGGGAGCAUGGCACCUGCCUCUUACCAACAUGACUGGGACAGACACUGUUUUCCUGGCUCUUUUCCCUCGGGGGAGGGGAAGACCCAGGCCUGGCCUUCCCAGAAUGCUUCUUCCAGGUGUUCUCCUGUGGCUCCACCUAGGUCUUAUGGAUUAUUUGAUCCAAACUGUGCCUGACUAGAGCAGAAGAGGGAUGGCAGUUGCUAGGAAGACUGGAGAGAAUAGGCCUGAAGACAGGAGGAAUCGGGGGGAUGCUGGGCCCUCAACGCUACUGCCCCCAUGCCCCAAUUCCUAACUGUUUCAGUGACUGUCACACAACAGAAGCCUAGGCCUGGUUGGCGGAGUCCAGUUCUCCUUUGCUGUUCUUACCCAAGCCCACAGCCCCACAGUGGCAGUAGGGUACUGCUUCCCUUCAAGACUCCAGGGAUAGAGAAUUUCCCCAAAUGGAAAACAGGUUCAGUUACUUUGCUGCCUAAUAACCCUGACAAAUGUCCAGUACACUCGGAUUUUCCAGUACAUUCAUUCCAAGACUCAGAAAGAACUUUCUUCCUCUUUCAAUUAUGUUAUGAAAACGGAGUUUAUCCAACUCCCCUUUGGAAACCCCACUGGGUCCCCCAGGCUUGAGGAGGCAGUUGGGGCUGGGAGCUGAAGCUCAGGCUUAGGGGACUUGGAGGCCUACCAUGCAGGGGAUGAGAACCCGGAGAGGCAGCUCCACUUGUGUGCUAGAGAUGCUGAUCUGGGGACGGGCUAGGGUUGGGAGUCAGGAAUUAGGGGCUGGAGUGGUAUAAACAUGACUCAUACUCCCCUUUAUUUGUGCAUCAGCCCUGUGUACACAGCAUCAAUGUUAAGUUCUCAAAUAUGCAUGUGAAAAUCUGCUUUAGUAUUUGUAGCUGCAA